UAGACGACGCACGCCCCCGCGGACGACACCAUGGCUCGCUCGUUCCUUGUCGUCGCUUGCUUGUUCUCCGCGAUCGUGCUCGCCUCCGCCGCGCGCCCAAACCCGCACGACGGCCUCGCGCUGAAGCUCUCGCGCCACAACCUCGGAACCAAGGUCGCCUCAGAUCUCGGACACGUUCUCGCGGCGACAGAAUCCCUCUCCACCCCAGAGUGCGAGGCCGCGUAUAAGAUCCUCAACAACGACAAAUCCCCCGGCGGCUACAUCGAGACCGUGGAAAAAAUCUUCGCCAUCGCGCGCGCCGUGGGAGAGGAGGCCGGCGCCGUGUGCGGCGCGCACCUCAAGGUCCGCUGGGACUCCGAGCCCGUGUACUGUAAGCAAUCCUGUCAGGUUUUCUGGACUCCAGAGAGGAUGGCCCUGGUCGACCAGAUCGACGCCGCGGUCGCGAAGGUUCUCCCCGGUGGGCACGAGAUCGUGUGGCUCCACGAGAGCGUUACGCUUCCCUUCCCGCCGUUCCCGCUGGUGGACAUGAAGGCAGAUUUUGACGCCAUCGUGCCGGUUUUGAUCCCGGCGGCGUGCCAGGACGCGGCCGACAUGGACGGCAUCCUCGGGUGGUACUCCUCGGGGUGCCGCGACGAGAAUCCGAAGCUGAAGAAGUGCGAGUUCAGCUACGACUGAGCCCUGACGACGCGCAUGAGCAGAAAUGCGCAUGUAAAUGACCCUUAGCACGAUGUAAAGAGCACUAUGUACUCUAUGUGCCAGACUGGCGAGAUACAAACUUUGGACAACUUUAUAACGCGCUGCGCCGCUAACGAGCUAGCACUACCUUUCCGUUGGGAGUUCCGAUACGACCAUUGGUGGAGGCACGAUGGACGCACCGCCGCUGGGCUGGACGGCGGAGGGGCGCGCGCGUAAGAUGCGUGCACUCCGUGCAGAGGCCGGCCGCAAGGCGAAGGAGGAGCUCGACGCCGCGAGGGAGAGGUUACGCAAGAAGGAGGCCCUGCUGCGCAGGAUGAAGCAGGACAGGCUGAAAGAACACGAGACGCUCCGGAGGAUGGCGACCGCGGACGACGGCGAGGCGCUCGAGCGACGCGCGAGGGAGGCGGAGGCGCGUGCCGACGACAAGGAGAACAAAAGGCUGUGGUUCCGACCGUGCGAGACGUGCUUCGAGAUACGCAAGGCUGCGGCGCUCGGCAAGGACCCGGAUUACGCCUCGAGGCUGUGCACGAGGUGCAACGCUCGCGCGGUCAAGGAGGCCGCGGAGGAGGUGCGAAGGGUCCGGCUGGACGGUGGGGCCCGAACGGACGACGACGAAAACGAAAACGACGCGUCCGGGACGAACCCCCCCCGAACGGUCGACGCGUUGCGAGCGGACCUCGCCGCCGCGGAGGCGGCGGUGGCGCUCUCGGGCGUGGAGGACGACAGACUCGCGGCGUUGGAUCGAUGCGCGCAGCUGCGGGUCGCCAUCGAGACGGCGCGGGUGGGCGCGACGAGGGAGGCGCGGCGGCGGCGGCUCGAGGAAAAGGAGGAGGACGACGACGACGACGAGGACGAGCGAGUCGACCUGAACACGUCCAUGGAGACCGAGCCGGGAACCGGGGAGACGUGGAUAAACAGCUGACGGACUUUCGACGAUCGACCAAAUCCCCGAACACGACGGCGCCACCUCGUAGUUAUGAUACACUCGACGC